CCACCAUCCACCUCGAACCAAGUGUUUAGCAUCCUGAAGCCCUCAAGGUUAGUCAUUAGCCUCGGCUACAGGUUCGGCAUAUUAUACCGUUGGCCGAAACUCUCGCCCUCUUUCCACACCUAUCUAUUUUCCCGCCUAGAUCAUCUCUCGAGCCGCGCUUGGUACUCCCGAUUGCGGCGGACCUUGGAGCACCACGCGCCUCCAGGGAUUCCCCCCUCGCUGGCACAAAUAGCACAGGUGUCCCAUUCUGAGUCGUCGCUGCUGAACUGGUGAACCAUGCGACACUUUAUUCCAGGCGGCGAUGUCGCCAUGGGCACCGAUCGUCGUGGCCCCUCGCGAGCCCACCCCACAGGCGUUUCGAAUUCGGCCAGCAGCGGCCAUCGGGAUUCCCUGCUUGCCUCGCACCCUCUGCCUCCCUCCCACCCCCUCCGUGCCUCUCGUCGCAUUCCCGUCGCAGUUUCUGGCUCACACCACAAUCUGACCCCUCGUCAGACUUCCUGCAGCCACCAGCCAAACAAGUAUAAAAAGACCAGGGGUCUACAGUUUCAGUCACCAGUUUGAGAAUCUUGUUGUGGAUCCUCACCAUCAGCCUUCGAGUUCCUAUCACCGUCUGCCCUCAAGGCCUCCGUUACUUGCUGUCUGAACCUGUUCGAGUACUCUAUAUCGGUCUUCAAAUCUUGACUCUAGAACCAGUCCGUCUACCCUACUUCAUCCGUCAACGAUAUGGCCUGCGUCGGUGCUGAGAGUGCCUGCGUGGACGUCGACGCCCUCUUCUCGAAUUGCUGGGAGCAAAAUGACUCCCUGACUAGCUUCGUCUGCAACUUGAUCUCUCUUCCACGCCUGGUCGACUUCAAAUGGACCAGUUCCAGCAAUCAAGUUGCAGCCAAGGCUGCUCCGCUCCUGGUUGAGGCUCCUGCUGAUUGUGUGAAGGCCCCUGCUGUCUCGGUUGACGCCCCUGCUGUCUCGGUUGAGGCUCCUGCUGUCUCGGUUGAGGCUCCUGCUGUCUCGGUUGAGGCUCCUGCUGUCUCGGUUGAGGCUCCUGCUGUCUCGGUUGAGGCUCCUGCUGUCUCGGUUGAGGCUCCUGCUGUCUCCGUUGACGCUCUUGCUGUCUCUGUGGUGGCUCCUGCUGUCUCUGUGGUGGCUCCUGCUGUCUCUGUGGUGGCUCCUGCUGUCUCUGUGGUGGCUCCUGCUGUCUCUGUGGUGGCUCCUGCUCUCUCUGUGGUGGCUCCUGCUGUCUCUGUGGUGGCACUUGCUGUCUCGGUUGAUACUCCUCUCUGCUCACUCGAAGCAUCGCUCGGUUCGAUUGAGGGACCUACCUGCUCAGCUGAGGACGCGUCCUGGUUGGGCCUGGAGCCAGAGGAAGUAGCUUCUUCAUUCCCCGUUGCAGAGGCGUACCAGGAUGUCAAGAUGGGUUCGGAGGAGCAGCAAGGUGUGAAGAUGGGUGAAGUGGCGAGCAGCAGGUGGUGCAGCAUGAGUCGGAGUGAGAGCAGCUGCAGCAGCCACAGUGCGUGUCUCAUUGACCUCCCCUGGGAUAGCUGCUCCUCCUCAUCUGCUGAUAGCCUCUGCAGUACACUUGCUGAAAUGAUACCGGAGGCAACUGGUGUGAAAAGGGGGAUUGGCCGAAGCAUUUGCAGCACUGGGAAACGAUGGAUUCUGGAGGGGAAAGGAUGUGGGAAGGCUGAGGAAGAAUCCACUUUCUCAAACCAGCUGUAUGGGGAUGAUGAUGAAGAUGACCAGGAUGGUGAAGACUACAGCAGCAGAAGAGGCUACACGCUGCAUGGGACGGGUAAUGUGUGCUACAUGAAUCAAUUGUACAUGGAUGAGGAGGAUGAGGAGGAGAGGAGAUCCCUGGCGGCAUCUGGCAUCUCGGUCGGCAUUGGGAGGUUUGGAGCCAGGCGGAGAAUAACGGGUUCUAGCAGCCGGGUUACUCUCCGUAGAAUGAGUAGUGUGCUGAGGCAAAGUUAGUUACCGUAAGACGUUCUAGCUGGAACCAGAGUAACUGGUCUGCCAGGUUUUGUAAAUUAUUAGCAAUGCUUGCUUUUGUUUCCUGAGAGCACUCGUUUCAACACCACUUAAAGUA